CCGAUCGACACGUCCACCCUCGGAAAGCUGCCACAUCGACUCGCCGUCCACUGCGGUCGCUGGUCUUCUCAUCUUCAAUAUAAUAAUAUACGCUCGGAGAGCAACCGUCUCUCUCCUCUCGCUCAUCUGCGGAAUCCACAAUUUGCCCUGGUUCUUGCCCCUCCCAUGAUUGCUCCUUGUCGCGGCACCAUAAAGUUGGAACCUUUGGUGAGUUUUGUUUCUUCUUGCCCAUAAUUGUCGAUGAAUCGCCGGUUGGGGAUAUAGAAUAUUCCGUUGGAAUCUGAUGCUUGUUGACUAGUUCUGCUGUGUCUGUUGUUGCCAGAAGGCUAGCUAUUGGUCUCAGAUCGUCAAUCGAUAGAUAAGAGUAGCAGUUCGUUAGAAGUGGCAGCGGAUGACGAAGAUGGCAGCAAUCACUGAUUUGACUCCUUUGAGCAUUACGAACAGUCGGCGCAGUAGCGAGAAGAAUGGCGGACCCUCCCCUGAGGCUGAGAUCCGCGAAGUACCGGAAGGAUCGAGAUCGAUGAAAGCCGCGAGGCCGCCUCGCUCUUCGAUUCGGCAUAGUGUAAGCGCCGCACAGUUGGACGUCGCUUCUGAAUCUGAACUGAAUAUCGGUAGUUUAGGCUUCAUGUCUCUUUCAAAUCGGAGUUCGGAGUCCUCUCCACGGCUCCGUUCUGGAAGCUGCACAGCGAUUGGCGGGAAGCAGAGCAUGGAAGAUGAGCACAUCUGCAUCGACAACAUUGAAGAGCAUAUUGGAGAAUCUGCAGAUAUCUCAUUACCAGGAUCUUUCUAUGGGGUUUUUGACGGUCAUGGUGGAAAAGAUGCAGCCUUUUUUGUUCGAACAAACAUCCUGAAGUUUAUAAUUGAAGAUGAUAAUUUCCCAAGAUGUAUUGCCGAGGCAAUCAAGAGUGCUUUUGUGAGAGCUGAUUACGCCUUUUCGGAUGCCUCUUCUCUUGACAUCACCUCAGGCACCACAGCACUUGCCGCCCUUAUUUUUGGAAGGACUGUGUUUAUUGCCAAUGUUGGCGAUUGUCGAGCAGUGCUAGGUAGGCGUGGCCGAGCAGUGGACCUGUCCAGGGAUCACAAACCCAGUUGUAGCACGGAAAGGCUUAGAAUUGAGAAGCUGGGAGGUUAUGUUGAUGAUGGAUAUCUAAAUGGGCAGCUCUCAGUCGCACGGGCACUUGGUGACUGGCACAUGAAGGGAUCUAAGGGCUCUUUGUGUCCCUUGAGUGCAGAGCCUGAGCUACAGGAGACAGUCCUUACUGACGAAGACGAGUUCCUAAUUAUGGGCUGUGAUGGACUUUGGGACGUAAUGACCAGCCAAUGUGCUGUGACAUUGGCCAGGAAAGAGCUCAUGGCACAUAAUGACCCGACGCUGUGUUCUCAAGGGUUAGUUCAGGAGGCGCUCAAGAGGAACUCUGGCGACAAUCUAACGGUGCUUGUUAUAUGUUUUUCACCAGACCCGCCGCCUCUAAUUCACAUCCCGAGACCUACAGUUCGGAGAAGUAUAUCAGUGGAAGGCUUAAACUUCCUCAAAGGAUUCCUGGAAAGUAAUUGCUGAAAGCAAUGGGGGGGGUGGUAAAGAAGUGCUCUCAGUUUGUUAGUUUCUUCUUUCUGUACAAAUUUGGUCUCAUCCUUUUUGGCACUGAAGUCUAGUUCUGCUUACUGUAAACUUUUGUAAUGUUUCAGUGAUGUUGUUGUCAUCCAGCGCUUCACAAUGCCAAGGGAUGCUUUUUUGUUUUACAUCUACAUGUGGCAUGGCUGCACUUUAUGUGACCCUCAUUGUGUUUCGAUCGAUCAGCAGUGGACUAUGACAGUUAAUCUGAGUAAGCUAUAGGGUAAAUAUCAAGAUUGAACCCAUUAUAAAAAGAUUCUCCUAACUUGGUAAGGGAAGACCAAUAUUGCUCUAGCUUAUCAUGACUCGACCAGAGGCUUUCCUUUCCUUUACUUAAGGCAAAAGCAGACAAGUUAGCCAAACAAGCAAUAUAAAUAAGCCUUUGGCGAUAGUGUGACAAAAAGGCAUAAAGGAAAGGCCUACGGAGCUCCAAAACACCCGUGGUAAGCAUGCACCAUCCAAGCUCAGAAAAGGCAUAGAGGAUCACACAAGUCAUCCACUCAUAUGAAGAGAUUUGUAUGUGGUUUCAGAUCCGAAUCUCCACAAAUUUUAAUUUCAAUCAGCUGGAAACUGAAUAGCAACACCUAGCAGAAGCCAGUUCCGGAGUGCGUUAUGCUUUCUGAUCUCAGAAUCUACUUUCCUCGUCUCACAAUCUUCAUUAUUGGUCGAAGGCACUGAAGUCGUGGAAGUAAUGAGAAGUGAGUGGAGAAGCAGCAUGGAAAGGACAUGGUAAUGUAUUG